GUAAGACUGAAACCAUCUGCGCAUGCGUUGUGCUGUCUUCAUAAUUUGAGGACUGAAUCAAUCGGACGAAGAUGAGGGUACUCUGUAUAUUUGCUCUGGUUGCUGUGGUGGGUCUUGUGGCAGGAGAAGAAGGGGCUCGUCUGUUGGCCUCCAAGUCCCUAUUGAACCGUUACGCUGUUGAGGGACGAGAUCUUACUUUGCAGUACAACAUUUACAAUGUGGGCUCCAGUGCUGCCCUGGAGGUCGAUCUGUCCGAUGACUCCUUCCCCCCUGAAGAUUUCGGCAUUGUCUCAGGAAUGCUCAAUGUGAAAUGGGACCGUAUUGCACCUGCCAGUAAUGUUUCUCACACAGUGGUUCUGCGGCCACUGAAAGCUGGUUACUUCAACUUCACAUCUGCUUCUGUUAGCUACCUGGCCCAGGAGGGUGGACCGGUUGUGGUUGGUUACACAAGUGCACCUGGUCAGGGAGGCAUUCUUGCCCAGAGAGAGUUUGACAGACGCUUUUCUCCACAUUACCUGGACUGGGCUGCUUUUGGAGUUAUGACCCUACCCUCUAUUGGCAUUCCUCUGCUCCUGUGGUACUCUAGCAAGAGAAAGUAUGACUCAUCGAAAACAAAGAAGAACUGAGAUAUAGAUUAACAGGACAAAACGGAUCAGGCAUCAUAAGAGUAAAUGGUCUGGGGGGUAUUUGAAUUGUGGUGGGAGGGAUGGGUUGAGGAUGUUGUUUUUGGAUAAAUAAUUACCCAUAUUGGGGGUAAAUUGAUCAAUGAUUGAAUCUGUUUUUAAACAAUGUUGAUAGAUGACCUGUCUUUAUCUUCUUAAUUUUGUUUGAGGGAACUGGGGACUGAAGCAUUAUAAGUAAGAGACUCGAGAAUGGCAUCGACUGCCUAUGAACUUAAUGUUGCCAUGCCAGGGUGACUCAGGUGCACCACCUCAGUUUUGUAAGGAUUUUCUGAAGCCUAAAUGCCUGUUGAACCUAAAAAGGAAUGUGUAGCCUUUCAUGAUUUGUGUGGGGCUAGUUUGUGGAAUUAAACAGAGGAUUUUACAAAGAUGC